UUUUUCGCUUGUCUGUGAGUCAUUGGCAGUGUCUCACUGUUAAAGACAACAUAAAUAUACUAUCAGUAGCAAACUGUGCGUCAAAAGAUUGGGACUUCAAAAAAAAAAAAAAAAUGGAUCGUUGGUGUCAAAAAGUGGCUGUUGUCACUGGUGCUAGUUCAGGAAUUGGUGCAACAAUUGCGGAAGGUCUGAUAAAGGCUGGUUUAAAUGUCGUGGGUUUGGCGAGGAAAAUGAAUAAACUUGAGGAGAUAGAGAAUCGAGUAAAAAAUGAGAAAAGUAAAUUUUAUCCAAUUCAAUGUGACGUGAGAAAGGAAGAAGAUAUCCUAAGGGCUUUUCGAUGGAUUGAAAAUGAACUUGGGGGCGUUGAUGUUCUCGUUAACAACGCGGGAAUUAUUCUCAACGAACCUAUUAUUGAUGGUUCCACCGACGGGUUUCAAAGAAUAUUGGACGUGAAUGUUUUGGCAGUUGCAAUUUGCACUAGAGAAGCGACAAAAUCGAUGAGAAAACGUCGAUUCCCCGGCCAUGUCAUUACAAUCAAUAGUUUCGCUGGUCAUUAUGCGGAGAGCAUUAAAAUGCCGGUUAGUUUAUAUUGUGCCAGUAAAUAUGCAAUCACAGGAAUGAUUGAAUCAUUAAGAAAUGAAUUGGCGGCUAUUAAGGCAAAUAUAAAAAUUACUAGUAUAAGCCCAUCAGCAGUGAGGACAGGAAUGCUCCUAAAUGCAGGCCUCCCAGAGGCAAUAAUCGAUCAAAUUCCCAUCCUCGAGACGAAGGACGUCUUGGAUGCUGUUAUCUUCGUCUUAGCGACGCCACCAAAUGUUCAGGUAAACGAGCUCACUUUAACGAGUCUUGGUCUACCCUCAAGCUAAAAUAUAUACUCCAUUCUUGAAAUGCAUAUAUAAAAGACAGAUAAGGAUGAACUAUUUGCUCAAAGAAAAAUGGCGCACUGAGGCUCUUGCAUAAAUCAAUUUUUUUACAAUCGAAUGAUAAAAUUUAGACACGCAUUUAAGUCUUUAAGAAGAGAAACUUGAAUUUGUAUACUAAAUAAAAAAUGUACAAAUAUUCUAAAAA